UCCUUCUAAAGCUGUCAACAUGAGAGCUAUCUUACUGCUGUGUCUGCUUCAAGCAUCCUUUGCUGAUCCUUCCUUUAACUGGGAUACCUCAAAUUCAGAAGCAGGGCCUGAGAACCCCAACGAAGUGUGUUCCAUCGACAAAGGAUCAUGCAACUGCUGUGUGAUGCUGAAAGAGGUAAACAGGCUGAAGACGCACUUUGAUGAAAAGCUGAGUGAGUUGGAGCAGGAAUACGUACAAACAGUGCAAAGUCUCAAGUUUAUUGAAGCCGGCCGCGUUGCCGUCUCUGUUGCUCUGCUUGAUAACGAUCACUAUAUUUGGUUUGGCGAGUUCUCAAUCGACACAAUCGUCCCUUACAAACACGUCUUCAUCAAUCUGGGUGAUGGCUACAAUACGACGAGCGGUAUCUUCACUGUUCCUCGCUCCGGUGUCUACAGCCUCGCCCUCACCGUCUAUAGUGACGCCGGGGCUCCUGGCAACAGCUUGGCUGCCUGUGCCAUUCUGCAGGUUAACGGCCAUGUAGUUGCAGGAUCCAAAGAAAUAAAUACAAGAGACCAAGAGGACAGUGCCUCUGUAGUUCUGGCCCUUCACCUGGAGGCUGGGGACGAGGUGGCUGUCAAACUGCCCAGAGGAUGUUCCCUCUACGACGACAGUAACCACUAUAACACUUUCAGCGUUUUCAUGCUUUAUCCUACUGAACCACUGGCCUAGUGCACAUUCUUUCUUACCAACUCUCUCCCUACUGACAAGGUUAACGUCUGCUAGAAGAAGUAUGUCUGUGUGGUGCCUUGUAGCCCUCAUUUCAAUCUGUUGAGCACAUUUUUAUAUCCGUCACAUCGGAUUUCGACCAAUGUAAUGUGAGUGUCUUCAUUCUGCAACUGCUUACCUUUUGCUUGCUGUAAUUCAAUCUUGAUACGAUUUGGAGAAAUCAACUUAACACUCAUGUACCUGUAAAAUGACAAGAAAAUAAAUCAAA